AUGGCGCCUUCGGCGACAGCAGCUCAAACGCUCUCGAGCAAAGUCAAGCGCCCCAUGCCCCCCGGAAUCCAAACAAAUGGCAUAAAUUCCUCGACCUCCACCCCUUCGCCGUCCCUCUCAGCAAGCAGACUUCCCUCCGGAUCAAAAUACCCUCCCAAUUCUGCUACAAGCAAUGGAGUUGGGAACAGCAACGCGGGCGCGCGAUCUGCCAAUCGAACGAGACGGGAUGCUCCAGGACAAUUACUGGGCAGAGGACAGAGAAACAGCAGCGUGGGUCUUAGAUCUGCCAGUUUGGGUGGAGAGCUGGCUGUUUCUCAAGUCGCCGAGCCUCAACCGUACAUCAAGAGUGAUGAAUACAUCCUCAAGAGAUAUAGAGGCUCCCCCCCAUCUCUGAUUGUUCACCUACAUGCAACCCACUUUCGUUUCGACCAGCAGGAGGGCAGUUUCUCAUACAAGUCUCCUAUGCGAACUUUGAUCGAACACAUGAGGCUACGAACUAUACCUCAUGACCUAAUGGAAUUCUUUACUGUAUCAAACAUUCCGUUCUACGAAGGAUGCAUGAUCGUUCAGGUAUACGACCAUAAAUCUACUACCUCGCCACAGGAUUCGAAUCGAGUAAAUACCGGGACACAAAAGGCUGUGCCUUUUUCUGUUCAUAACUACAAUCAGCAUCUUACGCCUUCCCCAUAUGUGCCUUUCCCCAAGGAGAAUCUCCAGGAUUUAAAGGGCAAUGGGAGCUCUAAGAGUUCCGAGCAAAAAGACAAGGAGAACAUGCCUGCCCCGGCAGCUCCUGCUGACGGCCAACGAAGCAAUUCUGGAAAUCUACCAAAGAAACCCAAAGUUUCUACGAUUGUUCUUCACCCAACUCCUAUCAGUAACUAUGCUGAUAUGGCCAUCAAAGCCUCCGAGGCUCGACCCGGUACCGCAGAUGGCCGAGUCGAGCCUCGUCAAGAGACCAAUGGAUCACUGUCUGCGACUGUGCCAUUAACUCCAAGCACAACUGCUUCACCCACGCUACAAACAAGCAUGGCCCCACCAGCAAAAAGACAGAAGAGGUCAAAAACGGAACUCGAUGCCAGCAAUGUGCAUGCUGUAGAGUCACAGAUAACAUUAGCUAUUACUGCACCAUUAGUACUCGACCCAGUAAGCAGUGCUGCGGAAUCUGCUAUGCUUUUGGAAUCUCUUGCUCAUCCGAUGCACUCGGAGAAACCUCCAUCUCCAAAGACUCGAAAGCGAACUGUUGCUGAGAUGGCGGCAGAUGAGGCGUUGGCGGUAUCACAGGAACGAUACAUGCUAUGUCUGGACGAGAGACUUUCUUCGAGCACGACAGGUGCUCAAGGCGGAGCCAAUCCGGCAGAUGGUGAUGGGCAAGCUGGAGGUGCUUCUUUCGAGCCACGAUUUGAAAGAUUCAAGACGCUCGAAAACAUCAGAAUCCAACACGAAGAGAAUAAAAAGGCGGAGAAAGCGAGACAGGCGGAGAUAGACAGAAAGAAUAUGCAAGACCGCGAGAGAGAGAGGCUCCGGCAAGAAUCCGAGAAGCGAGAUGCGGAGAGGAUGCGCCAGCAGGCAAUCCAACAAGAAGCGACUCGACGACAGCAAGAAGCUCACCGGCGAGUAUUGUCUGCGGCUGCGGCUGGACAACAGCCGCAACCAAACUUACCAGGAGCCCAAUCCCAGGCUCAAGGUCAACAUGCUCAUGCUCAUCCACAACAGAACAAUAUCAUCGCGAACGGAAUUCAAGGCCAGCCUCAGCGAUUCCACCAGCAAGUGUCUCAAGGUCAGAUGUCUUCCCCAAUUGUUCGAAAUGGCACUCCACAGAGCCAUUCUUCUCCCAUUGUGAACAAUGGUAUGGGAAAUAUCCAGAUGCAACAUUCCACAUCGAGUAUGGGUGGUAGCCCUCCACGUCCAGGAUCCGCUGUUCAUCAGAAUCAUCCUCAGAUGGGAGGCCCGACGGCUCAUAAUAUGACCACACAGAGAAGUCAACAGAGCCAUGCUGGCACGCCCCGCAUGCCGAGUGCCACACCAAAUCUCCAGUCUACACCACUGAAUAGACAAAUGAGCCAGACCCCCAGGAUGAGCCAAGUCAGCCCGCUCCAGGGACCAAUGGGGCAAGUCCCUCACGUGCCGCAGAUGAUGGUGAAUAACGGCCAGCAAAUGAAUAUGACCCCGGCUCAACAGCAGCAAUUUCAGCAGCAGCAGCAGCAAGCGAUCAUUCAACAACGCCUUCGUCAACAGCAAGCUGCACAGGCUAUUGGUAGUAUGAAUGGCCAGCCAAUGAGUCAACAGCAAAUGAUGCACGCACAACAGAUCUUGCAGCAUCAAGCAAACCAGAUGAACAAUACCCAGCUUGCCCAAAACUACCAGGCGCAAAUUGCUGCGAUGCAGCGGGCGGGAGGCAUGCCGCCGAACAUGAAUUUCAACAAUAGUCCAGGAAUGCAAAACAUGCAGCAGAUGCACCAGAUGCAACAACUUCAGCAGAUGCAACGCAUGCAACAACUUCAACAGCAACAGCAGCAACAUAAUGCCCAGGUGGCUCAAGGGGCAGGGCAGCAGUAUCCACAACAGAUGAACCCACAAGCGCAGCAGCAAUUGAUGGUGCGGAAGGCGGUUCAGAGCAGAGCACAACAAAUCUAUCAGCAACAAAUCCCCCAACUCCACGCUCAAUACCCUAGUGGGAUACCCGAAGACGUUCAUAUGGAUUUCAGACGUCGAUGUCAACAAACUGCUACAGCACAAGUGCAGCAGAUGAGCGUCUCGAGAAUGCAGCAGCAGCAACAGAUGAUGGCGGCUCAACACGGCGGGAUGCCAAAUGGUAUGGGAAUGCAGAGACCGCAGUGA